AUGAAACGAGACGCGCAAGCAGACGCCAAAGUUCGAGCAGAGCUCUCAACGAAGCCAAAUGGAGAAUUUGCGACAGAAGACGAGGCAACAAGCACGACACAGUUGCCAAUUGCACCUAGUGCGGAGAUCGAGACUCAUGGUCCAGCUUCGAAAGAAAUCGAUAGCGAGACCUCGCCCGCAAAAAUUGCUGCUCUCGAGCUCGAGAUUCAGGACAAGAUCCUGCAAAGCUACGACCUCGAUGGUAAGGACAUCACCCCAGAACAUAUUGCGGUCCUCAACGUGUUCGCUCGCGGAAUUUCCGCCGCCACUCCAGAAGCCGCAAAAGAGGCCGCGCACCAGCUCAACGAUCUCUGCCCUCUCUUGAACCGAACUGGAGAGGCCAACAAUUGGAUGUACAUGGUCUGGCUCGUUAUGCUUGACAUCGUUGCAGAUAUUGGAUCGAAAGACACAGUACAAGAGGGUUGUGUCCGCAUCCUUGAGGAGUUGGUGCAGUGUGCCAAAGGGAUGAUGGACGUCUGGGGCAGCGACCUACGGGUGUGGAGAGAUCUACCCGUCUUCCCAAUCGCCUUUCACGAGUACUGGGAAAAUGACCCAACCAGCAAACUGGGAGCAGAAAAGCUCCACCCCGCAGACGUCCAGAGCUGGAAGAACAUCAGCUGCUUUGCGGCUCGACUGAUGCGCUCAGGUCUCGCCAGUGACUACGACCAAGCUAUUAUAGCAUUGCGUACAGCCCUCGAGGAGGAUGUGAAUACGCUGCCGGGGUUUGCAGAUUGCAGGACACAGGUCGCUUGCCUUUGGAUCAAGCACGCCGACAAGUUUCUUCUACGAUGGGCGCUGGAGGACCCUGGUCGUGCGGAAUUCGCCGGGCCCCCGCCAUCAUAUUUGGAAGCAGGCCCAUUGUACGGCGGACCUGCGACCAUGUGUCUGCAGAGAUGGGGCUUCUGGAUUGAACGUCUAGAGAUGCUUGGGAAGGAGACGUCUGUAUUGGAAGAAGACACGCGGGAAAUGGCACUUCAGGCCGCGAGGACGAUAAGAAACGUCGAGAAGCGUGUGCGUCGUUUAUUGUCAGCAUGA